ACAACGAUGGUAAGCCCGACACGGGCAGUGGUUCUUUGUCUGCUGGCGAUGCUUCCGCUUUUAGCAGCCCAAGGUCAGAAGGCACGUAUUGUGUGCUAUUUCAGCAAUUGGGCGAUCUACCGGCCGGAUGUGGGGCGUUACACGAUCGAUGACAUCCCGGCGGAGAUGUGCACGCACAUUAUCUACUCGUUUAUCGGCGUGGAUGACAGCAACUACCAGGUGCUGGUGAUCGACCCCGAGCUCGAUCUGGAGCAGAACGGAUUCCGGAACUUUACCGAUCUACGGCAGCGGUAUCCUCACGCCAAGUACCAGAUUGCCGUGGGUGGUUGGGCGGAGGGUGGCAAGAAGUACUCGCAGAUGGUGGCGGUGAAGGAGCACCGCCAGUCGUUCAUCUCGAGUGUGGUCCAGUUCAUGAAGGUGUACGAUUUUGACGGGUUCGAUCUGGACUGGGAGUACCCAGGGGCGGCUGAUCGUGGGGGCAGUUUCGGGGAUAAGGAUAAAUUCUUCUACUUCGUGGAGGAGCUGCGCCGAGCGUUUGACCGUGAGGGACGGGGAUGGGAGAUCACAAUGGCGGUACCGGUGGCGAACUUCCGAUUGCAGGAAGGUUACCACGUGCCGGAACUGUGCGAAAAUCUGGACGCCAUCCACUGCAUGACGUACGAUCUGCGAGGCAAUUGGGCAGGUUUCGCCGAUGUGCAUAGUCCGCUGUACAAACGGCCACAUGAUCAGUGGGCAUACGAGAAGCUGAACGUGAACGAUGGCGUGCAGCUGUGGGUCAACUACGGAUGUCCCCCGAAUAAGCUGGUCGUCGGUGUUCCGUUUUAUGGACGAACGUUUACGCUAAGUGCGAGUACUACGAACCCCACACUUGGGUCGUACAUCAACAAGGAAGCAGGUGGAGGAGCGCCCGGACCAUACACCAACGCGACAGGAUUCUUGGCCUACUACGAGAUCUGCACCGAAGUUCAGGACGAAGAAAAGGGUUGGGUUAAGAAGUGGGACGAUGUUGGCCUCUGCCCGUACACGUACAAGGGCACACAAUUCGUGGGCUACGAGGACGAGGAAUCGUUGCAGCAUAAGAUGGACUGGAUCAAGGCGAAGGGCUAUGCGGGUGCCAUGACCUGGGCCAUCGAUAUGGACGACUUCCACGGACUUUGUGGACCUGAGAACGCUCUCAUGAAGGUGCUGCACAACAGCAUGAAGGACUACGUGGUUCCGGAACCGACAGUGACCACCACACCACGGCCUGAAUGGAACCGACCUCCGUCAACGAUGGCCACCGAUGAGGUUGGCACAUCAAAGCGUCCUGCCACCAGCACAACGAGCAGGCCGACUUCAACGGCGACCAUGACCACGACAACACGACGCUCCACAACAUCGCGUACGACGACACGCAGACCUACGACGAUCCUUCCACCGGAACCGGAAGAUCACGCAGUCGAUGGGGUAGUUCCACCGGAGCACGAGGACGAAACGGAGAUCGAUUGCUCGGGAUAUAAGGACUUUGUACCGUCGGCUGACUGCACCAAGUACUACCGCUGUGUGCACGGGCAACCCGUGGAGUUCACCUGCAAACCGGGAACGGUGUUCCACACGGCGCUGAACGUGUGCGAUUGGCCAGAAAGCGCUGAUCGGGUUGAGUGCCGCUCGAAGGCGAAGUUGGUAGAUGAUAACGGAUGUACUCUGCUGAUGGUGUUAUCUGUGGCCCUGCUUGGAGUUUGGCUCCCGGGGGCUACUUCGGAAGAGAAGAUGAGAUUAGUCUGCCACUACACAACCUGGUCGCAGAACCGGGCUAAUCCGUACUCGUACCGCAUCGAGGACAUUCCGGGUGAGCUGUGUACGGACGUCGUCUACAACUUCAUCAGUGUGGACAGCGAGGAGUACGAGGUGAGCUUUCUGCAGCGUGAGAUCGACGUCGUGCAGAAUGGAUUCGGUCGGUUCAUCGGUUUGAAACAGCGCUUUCCGGAACUGAAGCUACACGUGGCCGUUGGCGGUUGGGAUCAUGGUGGAGCCGCCUUUAGCCGCAUGGCCGCAUUCCGGAGUCGUCGCACGAAGUUCGUCGAGAGCGUGGUGCAGUUCAUGAACCGGUAUGGGUUCGAUGGAAUCGAGAUUGUGUGGCUGUACCCGGGCAGUGCGGAACGCGGUGGUACCAAUACCGAUAAGGACAAUUUUGUGUACCUGAUCAGUGACCUGAAGGAUGCGUUCGUCGAUGCAGGAAAGCCCUGGGAGGUGGCCAUCCAGGUGCCGGGCGAUUAUACGCGCUAUGAGGUGGGCUACGAUCUUCGACACCUGUGCAGGAAAGCGGAUUACGUGAACAUCGCCGGAUAUGAUCUGCGCGGAUCGUGGACAGGAUUUGCCGAUGUUCACAGCCCCUUGAAGAAUCGCCCGCACGAUCAAGGCAUCUAUAACGGGCUCAACGUAGAAGGUGGCGUUAACUCCUGGCUGAGCAAAGGAUGUCCUGCGACAAAGAUCCUGCUUGGGGUGCCCUUUUUGGGUCGAACGUAUACCCUGAGGAACAGCCAGCAGAACAGUUUGGGAUCGCCCAUCAGCGGGCCGGGACAAAAGGGUACACACACGUACACCGAGGGUUACCUGGGGUACUUCGAGAUCUGCCAGCAGGUGAACGCGUCCAACUGGCGCAAGGUUUGGGACUCCGUUGGCCAGUGCCCGUAUGCCUACAGGGGCAACCAGUGGAUCGGGUACGAAAACGAACAAUCGCUUAAGGCAAAGGUAGCUUUGGCCACCAGCAAAGGGCUGGCGGGAGUCUACGCUUUUUCGCUGGAUUUGGACGAUUAUCGGGGCAAGUGUGGUGAGGCGUACCCGCUAAUGCACACGCUCUCCGGUAUGAUUAAAAAGGAACAUUCCAGUGAUAUCGGAUUCGCUAUCGACCGGUGGGUUGAUUAGUCGAUUAGUCGCUGGGCUGAUUUGUCGAUUCGUCGACUCGUCGAUUAGAAGGUUCCUGCCACGCCGUGUGGCUUUGUAGGCGUAUAGGGCAGGUUGUUUUGUAAGGAAUGUUUGAAAAAAAAAAACAUGCGCUUCACUGCACAAAUGUUCAAGUACUGAUAAGAGUGUGUUAUGU